AUGUCCGUCUCCCAAGAAUUCACAAAUUUCUACCUGCAGCGCACCACACAAGAGUUCGCCGAAGACCUCGACAAGGUCCGCGAGGCCGACGACUUCAAGGCCGAGUCGCUGCCUUUCCUCAUCCACGCCCUGCAGCAAGGCACCGCGCUGUACCCUGCUGCCGACCAGCAGCGCGUCAUGCGUCCCGCCGCUGCCGUGACUGCUGCUGCAGACGUCGCUGAGGAUGAGGACGUCGACAUGGAGGGAGCGCAGCCUGAGAAAAAGAAGGCGAAAGGCAGCAAGAAGGAGAAGAGCAAGUGGAAGAAGUCCUCGGGUUAA